GGUCUCAGUUCUCACGUGGCGUCUGCGGAGGUACCGUUUCGUCGCUGUUCCUGCUGGUACUGCGGUUCCCACAGCUAGCAUGAAGCGGCCGAAGUUAAAGAAAGCAAGUAAACGCAUGACCUGCCAUAAGCGAUAUAAAAUACUAAAAAAGGUUCGAGAGCACCAUCGAAAAUUGAGGAAGGAGGCUAAAAAACGGGGUCAAAAGAAGCCUAGGAAAGACCCAGGAGUUCCAAACAGUGCUCCCUUUAAGGAAGCUCUUCUUCGAGAAGCUGAGCUAAGGAAACAGCGGCUUGAAGAACUAAAACAGCAGCAAAAACUUGACAGGCAGAAGGAACAAGAAAAGAAAAGAAAACUUGAAACUAACCCUGAUGUUAACCUAUCUAAUGCGGAGCCUGUGACUGAGGAAUUUGAACAUUACAAAACUAAAAACAAAACCAAAUCCAGCAAGCAGAAUUUGAAGAAGUUGUAUUGUCAAGAACUUAAAAAGGUGAUUGAAGCAUCAGAUGUUGUGCUAGAGGUGUUGGAUGCCAGAGAUCCUCUUGGUUACAGGUGUCCUCAGGUAGAAGAGGCCAUUGUCCAGAGUGGACAGAAAAAGCUGGUGCUUGUAUUAAAUAAAUCAGAUCUGGUGCCAAAGGAGAAUCUGGAGAGCUGGCUAAAUUAUUUGAAGAAAGAAUUGCCAACAGUGGUGUUCAGAGCCUCAACAAAUCUGAAGGGCAAAGGGAGAGUAACUAAGGUACCCAUUAUUGUAAAGAAGUCUGCUCCCUUCAAAAGUAAAGUCUCUUUUGGGAGAGAAGGCCUUUUGAAGCUUCUUGGAGGUUUUCAGGAGACUUGUGGCAAAACCAUUCAGGUUGGAGUAAUUGGUUUCCCAAAUGUGGGGAAAAGCAGCAUCAUCAAUAGCUUAAAACAAGAACAAAUAUGUAAUGUUGGUGUAUCCAUGGGGCUUACAAGGAGCAUGCAAGUUGUCCCCUUGGACAAACACAUCACGAUCAUAGAUAGUCCAAGCUUCAUCGUGUCUCCAUUUAACUCCUCCACUGCACUUGCCCUGCGAACUCCAGCAAGUAUUGAAGCAGUAAAACCAAUGGAGGCUGCCAGUGCCAUCCUGUCCCAGGCUGAUGCUCGACAAGUAGUACUGAAAUAUACUGUCCCAGAUUAUAAGAAUUCUCUAGAAUUUUUUACUAUGCUUGCUAAGAGAAGAGGUCUGCACCAAAAAGGUGGAAUCCCAAAUGUUGAAGGUGCUGCUAAACUGCUGUGGUCUGAGUGGAUAGGUGCUUCACUAAGUUAUUACUGCCAUCCCCCUACAUCCUGGACUCCACCACCACAUUUUAAUGAGAGUACUGUGGCAGACAUGAAAUGUGGCUUUGAUCUGGAAGAACUGGAAAAGAACAAUGCACACAGCAUAAAGGUCCUCAGGGGCCCUCAUUUGGCCAGUAGCAUCCUUUUCCAUUCUUCUGGUCUGACAAAUGGAGUAAUAGAGGGAAAGGACAUACCUGAAGAAUUGCCAAAACAGAAAAAGAGGAAGCAGGAAGAAGGGAAGGAUGACGACGACCAGGAAAUUGACGAUGAAGAAGCUGAUGAAAAGGGUUCAGACAUGUCUCCUGUAAAAGAGACGUGGGAGGCACUGCCUGAGGAGUCUAUAGCAGGUGAACAGUCUGCAAGAACUUCUGUCUCAGAUAAAAUAACUCAAGAGGAUGAUGCUUAUGACUUCAGUACUGACUAUGUGUAACAGAACUAUGCCCUUAUUAUUAGGGAUUCCUGACUGCUAAAUUGUUCUGUGUGUAUGAUGUGUUAUGGUACAACAUAAGCUGUGUAAACUUUGUAAAUUGUAUUCAUUAAAACAAUGAGGCAAUUUGGAAUGUC